UUGGCGCUCAAUGCUCAAAAGGAGGGCUCGAGGUUGAGGCGUGAAGAGAAGGGGAAUGGCGGCAAGUGGCUGGUUGAGGAAGCAGCUCGUGCUACUUGUUGCGAUCACUGUGACGUGUCGCAGUGUACGAGCAGAAGAAGCGGCUCAUGACAUCCCCCCAUCGUUCACGAAGCAGGUCGAAGUGGAGGAUGCUGCGAUAAGGGCUUCAUGUGGACGUAUCGAACCGGGAAAGCAGGGAUGUGUCGAGAGAGUGAAGAAUCGGAUUCUCGAGUUUAGAAGAAAGAACGAACAUCUCUACAGAAACUUGACGAGCGGGGAGGCGGUAAAUAUGAUUCGGAGCGGAGCGGUCUUGUUGAAUGGUGAGACGUGUAGCGGAAAAAGGAAAGUGCUUGUUGUUCGGAAUCGACUUUUCGACUGGAACAGAAGCAUAUCCGAGCUGUUCCAAUGGCAGAUUUACAUACAUGAGGCAAUCUUCCACUCUAGUGAAAUCCAGGAGAGAGGUUUGGUGGUUGUACAGGAUGUCAGUGAGUUCGGACUUGUACACAUGUGGCAAAUCUUUCGAUCUGGAGGGCUUGGGUUGCUUCAUUACUUUCCUCAACACAUCGUGGGGAUUGUGAUUAUCGGAGAACCUUGGUUCUUUGACUCGUUCUGGAGGAUUGCAAAAUACUUGCUACCAGAGAAGGAAAGGAACAUGAUCAAGAUGCUAGGCGAUGGAUGGAGCGGCUUGGCUGCAAACGUUCAAGAGCAUUCAGAUGAAACAUGCUCCGGUGACCUUGAGAAGAAGCUCGAAAAAGCUGCAUCCAAUGAUGAGCUUGACGGAGUCUCUAUGGGCCGGAUGAGUCUGCACAUACCC